UCGAAAUGGUGUACUCAUAACAGCUGUACUCAGAUUCAUGAUGUCACAAGUCACACUCACUCUCACAAUAAGAAUAAAUUUUGUCAUCACUCUUUCAAUACAAUAAUAAUAAUUUCAGCCAGUUUAGUUUAGAAGUAAAUACAGUAGUUUUUAAUUUUGUAAGAUUUCCAUUGGAGUAACUUUGCUGGAUCAAAUGUUCAUUCGAAAAACUGAUUCAAACAAUCAGAAAUUGGGUUAUAUUUUUGUUUUUUUAAAUUGUAUUUUACCCAAGACAUAACCUAAGUCAACGUCAUAGAACAACUAUCAAACUUUUACUAUGGAAAGCCCCGGCUUGGAUGAUGUGGUUCUCGACAAGCUAGUCGAUUUGCUAGAAGAUGGCGGGCUAAAAAUAUUCAGAGGCGAGACAAAACUGACGCUACCAGUAUGCGUGUUGCAGCGCAUCAACGCGGCACUCCACCAGACCGAUUCCAGCUCAGAACCGAUCAAAGAACGUCUCCAGUUCCUCCAGGAAUUCGUCAGCAGAACGCCCAAGCUGAAAGUGACCCGUUCAAAGGGACUGACAGCCACAGUUGACAUCACGAGAUUCGUGAAUGUCCGUUACUUGGAAAUGGAGCAGAUUCCGAUACAUUUGGUGAAAGGUCUGCAGGCAUUAAGACCCCAACUGGAGGCUCUGGUUUGUCACGGAUGUUCGGCCGGAUAUGAGGGCCAUUCAGCCACAGAUGAGGCGAAUUCUUCGGACAGUCUGUUUCAGUGGAACGGCGGCGGAUUUCAGUGUUUGGUUGAGGAUAGUGGAUCAAACUCACUCGACAUUGAAGAAGUACCGGUAUGGGAAGACCUCCGCACGGUGAGCUUCAGCAACAACGACAUGGAAGUGGUGAGUCCCCGCAUGUUCCGAGGCACGCCCUGGCUGCAGUACCUUGAUCUCAGCAACAACCGCAUUACUAGCAAAUGGUGCCUUGAAUCUCUCGACCAUCUCCGACACGUCAAUCUCAGCUACAACCAUCUGGAAUCUCUGCCGGCACUCAGUGAGGUGGCUAGUCGGAGGCUGGAUGUUCUAAUACUAAGGAACAAUCUCAUCGACGAUCUUGCAGAAAUCUGGCUCUACAAAAAUCUGAGAAGGCUGGAUGUGUCGCAUAAUCUCCUAGACAAUUUUAGAACUUUCGCAGCUCUUAGAGAACUGGAAAAUCUCUGCCAACUUGAUCUGGAAGGAAAUCCAGUUAGUUACGCCAAGAGCUAUCGUCUACAAACUUGCUCGCAUCUAAUUCGCAAUGAAUUCACAUCAAAGCUGCUGUUAGAUGGCAAACCAUUAAAUACGAAAGAAAAAGAAAUGCUGGGAGAGAUAGUAAAAUAUGGUGGACUUCCAAUAAGAUCUAGAACGCCUAGAAGACCCCCAACGUCUUCAGAAGAGCUUAUCAAUGGAGAUUCAAGCACGGGAAGUCCAAGUCGUAGACUGAGCGAGCGUGGUGGUGUUUCGAGAUCUGUCUCCAGUAAAAAAACGCCGAAAGUUCGAGUGGCUGUAAUCCAAGAUGCCGAUUCAGUUGAAACAGAGGAACGCCAGAUGAGGAUCCAAAACAAGACCAGAACUGAGAAUCAAGCAGAAAAGCAAUCAGGAAGCUUCAAUAUUGAAGAAUAUCGUCAAGGUUUUCGGAGUUUUGUACAGCAAAUGGCAGAAAACGAAGAAACUCUGCAGUCUAUUUACGGGACGUCCAUCCAAGGCCUUCAUAAUACACCGAUAACUGUUACGGCAGAAAUUGCUUCAGGCUCACCUUUCAAUAUUGAGCAAGCUCUCCUGAACACAACAGCCGGCUCCGAUCUCUUCUACUCGCCGGCUGUGGGCUCGGCCGCCGACCAGUCGAGCAAGGACUUUGGCCAGUGCGUGUCCCCCAUGGACACCACCUACGAGAGCACCACAGACGAACCGGCCACCGCCAACCCCACCAAACUCAGACUGGACACCUCGGAAAGCGCCUCAUCCGACAGAACCGUCAGGCAGGAGGCGAGUAGUGAUGGCGAAGAAAAACCGGCAUCAGUUGAAGAUUCGGAUGAAGAAAAAGAAGAGGACCAUGAGAAUAAUCUUCUGUGGCUUGUACAAAAGGUCGCAUCAGAUGGCAAGAAGGACGAGAUAUUUUUGAUGCUCACAGAAAGAGAACUGAAAGAGAAGGGCACAGAAUCAGGCCGCGUAUUGGUCAAAUGGGCUCUAUCCACAGUACUAAGCUGUGUUAAGACAUCAUCCGAACCACCAACUAUUCAACUAACAUUCGACACUAUCAGAAGGAAUUGUACUGAACGCUCCUACGAAAUGGAACCUAAUGAUGCUCAGAUUUUAUUGCAAAGAAUUGGAAAGGUAUUGGAAUCACGACCUCUCAAGGAAAUGAACCAACUCGUAUUUAGGUGUAUGAAAUGCUCAGCAGUAUUCUCCCAAGAAUUAAAAGCAACUAUUCAUAAAGACAACUCUCGUCGCUGUCAAACAUGUGGCAGCAAUCUUGUGAUUCAAGUUGAUGACGACGAGCACCUACCGUCACAGGGAAAAAGCCCGUCAGAAACUGGAAUCGAACCCAAACUCAGCACAUCUCCGUCCCAGUGUAGCAUAGCGAGUGAAGGCGAAGGCGUGGUUUCAGUGGCCUUUCUAGCUGAGGUUCACAUGACUAACACCAGUCAGCAUGAGGAUAACGAUAGCUCCUAUUCUGCAUGGUCAGCAGCUUCUUUGGACCGCAGCAGUAGGGAGUCCCCGGCCGGGGGACCGAGCAGUACAAAUGCUGAGAAAGAAGGAAGUCACGGAACGAGUGACAUUGAAGUUAUAAGCAACCCAAGUCAGAGCAGCAUUGAAAUACUCGAAGUGCAAGCAAGGUUGAAUGCGAUUGGCGGAGCAUCGACGACGCCGAUAAGGAAACGAUCGAGUGAAGAGAGACAGGCAAUCGCCGCUGUGCCGCAAUUGGUCACCGUUCCAGAGGUGCAAAAUGUCGGCACAGGUCUCACUGAAAGCAGCUCGUCAGGUUCACUAACCGACAGCAUAUGUACAACAUACGAGAACCACGCACCGCUAUCGCGUCGUCUACCCUCUCAGUCGUCAGUAGGGGGUGGCGGGGGGCCAGGGGGGAUGGCCCCCACCCUCACCGAGGAGACCAGCGCCGAGAACUCGCCUAGCACGGCCGCCGCCCCCGACUCAACCGCCCCCCUGCUCUGCCCGCAACCGCCUCCGUCCAAUGACAAUGAACCGCUCAAAAGUUUCCACAGUCUUCCAAACACCAAUUAUGCCUCUAUUUUGGAAGAUUUACUGCAAAAUGUCAGCUCCAAGUUGGAAGAACCAAAGCAGUUGGAUGCAGCUCCGACUGACGACACAGUGCAAUACUCCUACGAUUGUCUAACCAAUGUCGACCAUCGUAUCAAAUUUUUCAUGUAUCAAAGCCUUUUCAAAGAAGAGAAUGAGGACCUUCUACUUUUAAUCAGGGUGACUAUUUGUGAUGAAAAGGGACAAAGGUAUCCGGGUUGUUUCGUGCUAUCAAAUUGCAAUUGUUUCAUCCUGAAGGUUGUUGGCAAAGAGGCUGGGGAUGAUGCUAGUGAAUUCUUGCAAAAAGAAUGCACGUUUAGCAAUUCGAAAUUGAGCAAAGUACAGUCACUUCCCUGGUUUCAAGGUGCAUCGGUAACGUUCCAGGAUAGCUGGUAUCUUCUUCUAACACACGAUGUGUCCAGGACAAAAUCGUUUCUCAAAGCUGUCAAUGACGCUCGGCCAUGUUUACCGGAGCAGUGCGUGAUCGACAGCAGUGAGAGGUCAGCAGGCGGCUCAUGGGAGGACAGCAACGGCAAGAUGGCGCUGGCCAUUCAACAGCAGCUGCUGACAGCUCCCUCCAUGCAGGGCGAGGGCGACUUGGACGCAGUUGUGCGACACAUGUCGCUGCCUGUCUCUGUCGCAAUCAGUCGCGAUAAAGCGCCGACUGAAACAAUAUCGUUGGCUUCGUUUGGAGUGACGGCUUCGAAUAUUUUCCUGCUGGAGCCAGAGGUGAGCUGGAUGCUGGCUUCCACCGAUGUUCAGCCCACGUUGCAUAGGACGCAACUCAUGAGCAACCUGGUUGAUGUUGAGAAAUCUGGCACUUCUCUGGAGCUACAUUUCUUGGACGAGAAUGAAGGUGUUGAAGAAGUUUGGAAACUCUCCUAUCUGACCACCGAAGCCGUCAGCAAUAUCUUAGAGGCAAUAAAAAGUCCGUGGGAAACGUUGUUCUCAGUUCCCUUGCAAAUAACCAAUGGAUAGAACCGAUACCAGAUAUUAAAGGAGAAACUAUAUGGCAAUAAUUUUAUUCUGUUGAACUCGAUAAGUUGUUUGUAAAUAAAUAUGCUUUAUUCUUGUAAA